AUGGUGAUCACCCCGGUCCCCAAGAAGGGCUCGACCCCGACGGAGGCCAGGAGGCGGCGGACGUCCCGCCCCCAAGGCCUGCCCUCUCCGGCGCUGUGCUGCGCCUGCGGCCUGUGCAUCAUGCUGGCGGGCAUGAACAUCACCCUGGUGGGGGCCUUCGCCUUCAGCACCCUGCUGCCGUCCGGGAACCCGCCCAUCAUCAUCGGCCCCAUCCUGCUGCUGGUGGCCUUCUCCUUCUUCGGGGCGUGCUGCGUGUGCAGCCGCCUGCCCCCCGCCCAGGGCUCGCUGCGGGCCAAGGUGGGCGGGGGCCGGGGGGCCGGGCUGAUGGGGGCCGGCGGGCUGGCCGGCGGCGCCACCUUCGAGAUCGAGACAAGCGAGCACACGCUGCAGGACACCACGGCGGUGCAGCUCAGCCCCACCUCCUCGCCGGGCUCCUCCCCCCGCGCCUCCAGCCCCGCGGAGGGGGAGGGCCCGGCCGACUGUAAGGUGUUCACCACCGAGGCGGACGGAGGGGGGGUGUCGUCCGACGCCGUCGCCGCCGCCUUCUACUCGGCGGCGGCGUCGUCGUCGUCGGGGGGGGGGGAGGUGAGGCUCAACCUGCCGCGGGAGGAGGCGUCGUAGAGGACGGACGCGGGCCGCCUCAAGGGGGAGGAGCCGGGGGAGGCUUGGAAAUCAACGGGUCGCUGGUGGAGGGACGGUCUCUGUAGGACAACACAGGUGUUAACAGCAUCAGCGUUCUUACUUAUGGGAUUUGUAUUUAUUUAUUCUUCCUUUAUGUCACAGUGUAGCACUAGCGUCAAGCUAUCUCAAUGAAACAUCCGAGUGUUUUGAUCUCUCUUGGUGUUGUUUUCUUUGAGCACUGUCCCCACAUGUCUAAGUAAGCCCUUCCAGCAGCAUGCAAUUGCAGAACGUGUCUUAAACCAUGCCAUGCAUUUCCCAUCAAUUGGCAAAAGAAACAAAACAAAGUCCCCAAGGGGAGUUCCAGGAGAACUGCUAGACGUAUGGCCUCGGACUACCCCGUUAAGUCACAUCGCCACUGAUUGGUUCAAAGAUUAGCUGCCAAGCCGCCGGUGAUGAAGACCUGAGCUGAAAGGCGUAGUGGUGACAUUUAGCUUUUUAGAUUUAGGAGGGAAGGGAGGGCGGGGGUGGGAGUCGCAGACAGUGAAAAUAACAGAAUAGGGUCACUGGGAUCUCAAAGCAAUAUUAUCCAACCAGACGUGAGCAUCGACAGAGAAGCUCGGAGCUGAAACCGAUGACAUUUAAAAGUUAUUCUUUUUAUGAACUCAUGCCAUGUGUCGUUCGAUGGGGUACAUUCGAUGUGUGUCCGAAUUCCUACAUAUAAAAUAGAUUGUGAAGCACGUUGUGGUGUGUGUAGGCUUACUAUGUUUUUGUUGUCACUGUGUCCAGGUUGGUCAUUGUGGAUUCCACUGUAUUUUCACUCAUGAAAGGCACACAUUUGAAUGUCACAUAACUAACUAUAUGUGCCACUUUUUGGAAUAUAUAUAUUUGAUGAAGACAUUGUAGCAGUUGGUGCCACAGCCCAUGUGUUAUUCUGACCGACAGAGAAACAGAUUCCCCAUCUAUAGCUCACUGUGUGUUCUACCAUUGCCAAUCUAUGAAGUACAUCCCUUUGUCACGUGUGCAUGGUGUGUAUCUCGCUAAUGCCCCCGGUGUAGUCGGGAAAAAACAAUGUUAAAGCCUUGGGACACUGGGAAAUGGGCACAGCCAUCCACCCAUCCGUCCAUCCAUCAAUACAUAUCGUGAGGAAGCAGAGCUUGAUUUGAGGGGCUGAGGGGGAGUGACAAGCAGGAGCUAAGUCCAAGACUAUACAGCAUGUGCGUGCCAAGCCAUGACAUCCAAUGUAGCGAUAGGAAGCCAGAUUCUGUGACUGAUGGCAUAUGCAGUAUCUGGACGCCUUUCUCUCGGAUGUUUCCUUAUCAGCUCAUAAGCCUGAUUGGCUAAGAAAAUAGACAUCCUAUGCCUGAUUUGCCUGUGAAAUGAAAAUUGCCUUAGAACUGAGAGAUCAGGAUAUCGAGGGCUAUAUUACCGGGUGUAAUGACAUUUUCACUCUCUGGCUCUGGUGUUUUCAGUCUUGCUGGGAUAAUGGCAGAUAUCGGAAGAUUAAUAUAAUGAUGGAGAAACAAUGCGAAAAGCAUGCAUUUUUUAAGCUCAGUAAUUGGACCAUUAGCUUUUGCCCAGCACCAGUGUCCUACUUCUCCAGUGUAGGAGUGGGAAAUAUACAAUGAAACUGUGCAAUUUAUGACUUUGUAUGUCGUCCUGCUAUGCUUAAUGAUUUACUGUGUAUUUUGUGUAUAUUGUAUAUUUUAUUACGUACAUCAAAGUGUCUGAAGAAACGACUGAAAGUUUCCAUAUUUUUGUGCAAAUUUCAAUUUGAAAAAAAAUAAGAAAAUAUUUCAAACAGUGUUAACCUUUUAAAAGAUCAAUAAAGCCUCUUACAGAUCA